GGCGUGUAGCCGCUUGCUAGCUAGUGCAUGUGUGUGUGUUUAUGCGUGUGAGUGCGAGACAGUCAAGACUGGAGAUCCAUAUAGACCUACCCCAAAGAGACGCAGCCUUAAGCUUCUUGCCCCCCUUCCUCACUCCUCAGUCCUCACUCACUAGAGCUCACUCCCUCUUCUUCUUCAGGCCCUCCUCCUUGCUUCCCUAGCUUACGCAUUGCUACCUUCUCGAUCUCCAGAAUAGAGAGAGCAAGUUCUAGGUGGCCAUGGCUUUCCUUGUGGAGAGGUGCGGGGAGAUGGUGGUGUCGAUGGAGUCGUCGGCGCACGGCGGAGGGGGAGGAGUUGGGGGAGGGAAGGCGGUGCCGGCGCCGUUCCUGAGCAAGACGUACGAGCUGGUGGACGACCCCUGCACGGACCACAUCGUGUCCUGGGGCGAGGACGAGGCCACCUUCGUGGUGUGGCGCCCGCCGGAGUUCGCCAGGGACCUCCUCCCAAACUACUUCAAGCACAACAACUUCUCCAGCUUCGUCCGCCAGCUCAACACCUAUGGUUUCAGGAAGAUAGUAGCCGACAGGUGGGAGUUCGCCAACGAGUUCUUCAGGAAGGGCGCCAAGCACCUCCUGGCCGAGAUCCACCGCCGGAAAUCUUCCCAGCCUCCUCCGCCUCUGCCGCACCACCACCACGCCUACCACCACCUCCACCAUCACCACCACCACCUCGGCACCGCCUUUUCGCCGCCACCUCCGCUAGCCGCUCAUCACCACCAUCCCAUGUCCUCGUACCACUUCCAAGAAGAUCCACCGGCGCCGGCAAUCGGUAGCAACAACAAUGGCGGGCAAGGAUCAGGAGGAGAGUUCCUGGCGGCGCUGUCGGAGGACAACCGGGAGCUGCGGCGGCGCAACUCGGUGCUGCUGUCGGAGCUGGCCCACAUGAAGAAGCUCUACAACGACAUCAUCUACUUCCUCCAGAACCACGUCGCGCCCGUCUCGCUCCCUACUCCGCAGACUCCGUCAAACCUCAUCUCCGGCAUCGUCCAUGGCGGGGCCGGCGCGGCGGCGAACACUAACUCAUCCUGUAGGCUGAUGGAGCUGGACGAAGAAGGCGAAGACGAGACGGCGUCCGUGAAGCUGUUCGGGGUGGCGCUGAAGAGGACGAAGCGGGCGCGGCGGCCCGAAGAGCGGUUCUGUGACCUCGGAAGCGAGGCCUAGCUAGCUAGUUACGGCGGCGAGCUUGAGCUUGGCCAUGAUCCAUCGAUCGAUCGGCCGUGUACAUAUAGAGAAGAGGAUGAGUACGUUAGCUCGGUAGCUUAGCUAAGCUAGGGAAUGCAUGGUUUCUUUUUUGCAAGGUUGGUUAAUUAUUAGCUUUUAGUAGUAUGAGAGAUGAUGAGUCCGGAUCUGCCUCUGUCUGUAGUGUUCAUCAAGUCCUAAUUGCACACCAUUCUUGAUCUGUGUGUUCGAUCUUUGCUGCUGCCAUUGCCAAUAUGAAAUGCAUGAUCAGGCCGGCAUUGGUAUC